UAAACUUUUGAUUACUGAACCAAUACUUCAUAUAAACGUUUAAUGCAAUAAAAUUUUUUUUUUUUAUAUCAGUUGAUCUGAUUUUUUAGACGAAAAAUAUACUGCAAAAUGCAGUUACUCUACUUAUUGAUAAUUUUAGGAGCUACUCAAGGCGAUAAGUUAUCAGGAAGCAACCAAUUAAUAUCACCAGAUUGUUAUAACAAUUUGGGAGUACCAAAUGCUUUUCAAUAUGUUUCACUAUAUGUAUUAUCAGUUCAAUCAUCAUAUAUAACUUCAGUUGAAUGUAUGCGAUCAUCAAAUUAUUACAUAAAAAGUGGAUUUUCUGAAAUUGACAGCGUUUCAAAUGAUUUGGAAAGUAAUUUAAUAAUGCAAUAUAAUGAACAGUCCGGAAGUAUAGAAAAUAUGAUGCUCAACUUGCAACAAAAUGAUGUGGAAAAAGAAUCACAAGACAAACUUAAUGCUGUAUUGUAUAUGACAGCUAACUAUUACCAAAAAAAAGAUGUAACUGUUAAAAAAUCAGAAGCAAAGCUCAGCGAAGUAACAGAAGUACUGCAAGCGCAAUCAACUCUAACUGCAAAACGCUGUGAAUCAUCCUAYACUGAAUUUAUGAAUGAUGCCACAACGAUAAAAUCAAAAUAUACUAGUAAAACGAGUAGUACAGAUAAUACUAAUUCGAAUCAAUGGGAUACUCAGGUGAAAGAGUAUAAUGAGGCAAGAGAAAAUGUAGUUAGUAAUACAAAUAUAUACGCAUCAGUUAGAGAUGCGUUUUUGUUUGGUAGAGGAAUAAAUUUGUGUGAUGGGCAAGCAAACAUUGAUCAAUCACUUCUGGACAUAUACAAAACUAAUGAUUUAUCAAAGUUCUUCGCCAAAAAUGAUAAUGACGCAAUGUCACUAUUAAAUCAGACAGUCACACAAAUGUAUACAAUUUAUAAGGCUUCAUUGACUAAUAUUUAUUUAAAAUCUGUAGUUCAUUCAAAUAGUAGUUUAGCGGUGAGAGUUAUGAUGUGGGAACAAGUGAAUAUAGUUCGAGCACACUUUGAGUUAAAGGCUCAAAACAUAGUAUUGUUUAUAAAAAAAACACAGUCAGACGCAAAAUCGAGUUACGACGUCAAUUCUAACGAAUAUAAAAAAAUCAUGGAACAAUUAUAUAGUUGUGUAAAUAAAAGGCUUUUAACAAAUGUUAAAAGCACUGAGGUACAUUAUACAAGGGCAUUAAACUUCAAUCCUGACAAAUGUGCGAUGGAAAAGGAUUUCAAUCCAUAUAAAGUGGAUACGAUCGAAAAAUAUAAUGAAAAUAUUCUCAAGAAUAAUACUAAUGCUGCUAAAUAUGAUAUACGUACUAUUAAGAAAGAAGAGUUUUCAUAUCCAACAUCACAAGUGUGUAUACCACAGAAAAUGUACGCAUUAGAACUAAAUAAAUUAGUUUCACAAACUUUCAUUUGUCAAGUAAAUGAUAUAUAUGCACGAAUGAAAACAACAAAAUAUGAUAAUAAGUCUGUAGAUUCUUGGAUAUAUGAAAAAAUAUCAUUGGUACAGUUUCAAAAUUCAAUCAGAUUUUCCAAAUGUUCAGCGAUUGCAAAUAAAAUAUUUACUAUUAAUUCUGCUACUUACACAUUUACCUUAUUAAAAACAGAUCAAAAUAUUCCAUCUACCAAUAUUGAAAAAAUUAUAGACCAAACAACAAAUGAUGUAGUUGGAACACUAUGUGUGAAUACUUUGGAGAUAACCGACACAUCUGAAACCGUUGAAAUAUUUGUAAAAACAAACUUUAAUUCAGGAACUAUAUCAGAAAAUAAAACAGAAAUUAAAUCAGAAAUUAAAUAUGAUUCAGGGAUUAAAUACCCAGCUACAUCAAAUAAAAUUGAAUACAAAUUAAACAAUUACACCUUAUCAUCUAACAAAAGUAAUCCUGGUGAAAAAAGUGGUAAUCCUGCACCAGCCGUUAAAAUGUCUUGUGAUUGCAGUAAAAGUUAAAAAUUUAAAUAGUAAUAAUAAAAUAUACUUUGAAAACAAUGAUUAAUUUGGGUUUACUUUGUUCAUAUAAAUAAAUAUAUGUAAAUUAUAUUAUAUAUAUUAUAUUAUUUUAUAUAAUUUAUACCUAAUAGAAGUUCAUACUAGUGGUAUUAAAAUGUGUUAUAUUUUAACUGAAGAAUGAUAAUUUAUAUUACUGCGGGCUAUCUUGUUGUAUGCACUCUAUCGGCUACAUUACAACUGCAGUAUGCACUCUACCGUUUUUACCAUUCUAUAGCUAUAUUCCAAUUUUAGACAAUAUUAUAUUCUCGUAAUAAGUGGAUGAUGUAAAAUUUGUUUAAUUAUCU